UUAGAUAAGCUUUGUUAUUCUGGUUGGAGUCAGGUGUUGGUGUUCAUAAGCGAUGGCUUCUUCUUGUCUCAACCAAAACACUACUUUUCUUAAACCCCACAUUCAGCCCCCCUCCGCCACCGCCACGCGCUGGGGCUAUGUUCGGGUGCGGUGCGGUGGACCACGUUCCCAGCGUGGACCUCUGGUGAAAGGUCGAAUCCUUAGCAUUGAAGCCAUCCAAGCCAUCCAAACCCUAAAACGCCUCCACCGAACCAACCCACCGAACCUCUCCCAACUCCUCUCCAACACCCUCACGCGCCUCUUAAAAAAAGACCUCGUUGCUACCCUGCAUGAGCUCCUACGCCAGCAAAACUGCACCCUCGCCGUUCGCGUCUUCUCAACCCUUCGAUCUGAAUACGGCGCUGACUUAUCCCUCUACGCCGAGAUGUUGCAGGCCUUAUCCACCAGCGGCAUGUUGGAGGAUGUGGACCGUAUGAUCCUCGAAUUGGAGGAUGGGAAUGGGAUCCAGUGUGAUGAUCCUAAGGGACUUGUGAAGUUGAUCAAGGCCGUCGUUGAAGCUCGGAGAAGAGAAUCAACGGUCAGGAUUUACGAGUUGAUGAAGAGUAAUGGGUGGGCCACAGUUGUUGAGCCCGAUGAGUAUGUGGUUAAGGUUUUGGUUAAUGGGCUCAAGAGUUUUGGGGAAGAGGCUCUUGCGGAAGAGCUUCAAAAUGAAUCCAACAAGUUUUUUAGGGCCAAAUUUGACCCCUUCAGGAUUCAAUGAAAUUUGUAAAAUUUUGAUUUUUUUUUUUUAUAUAAUUAUUCAAUAGCUAUUUAGUAUUAUGUUGGGACUA